GCUGAUGCUGGUGGGCUCACACUGAUUCCACAUGUUGAAGAGUGUUGGACACAGUCAUGUCGCACUACAUUCUGCCAGUUCAUCUGCAGAUCCUGUUAGCCGUUCUCCUGGCCAUCUUGUGCUACUGCGUGGUCCUCGCCUUCAUCCUCUACUGCAGGCCAAAGAAGAACGUGCCCUCAGAUGAUGAUAAGGAGUCGGGCAUUUUGUGCUCUCACCCCAACGAGCGGGUGACCGUGACGUUGACGCCGGCGCUGAGCACGCGGCCCGUCCGGCAACAAUACGAAGAACUUGACGGCGACAAUCUGGACUACACGUCUUCUAAAAGCAGCUCAUCCCCAUCCGAGGACGACCUCAGCGAUCUCCCGUUGGAUUCCAGGUUCUUGUCACCGCUGCGUCGCCUCAGCUCCCCGCUCGAUCCUUUACCGUCCCGUCAAAAUUCGAGCCACAGUCGGGCCUCCUUGCCUUCGCUCACUAAACUGGUUCCCAAAUCUCGCUGGGUGAAAAGUCGACGCAGCACCGUGAGUGGGGAAAGUUUGAGCCACCAGGGUGCGCUGUCUCCAUUCCAAUCCGGCUCCACCACGACCCCAACCAAGCCAACUCCCUUGCUCCACUUCUCCCUGCUCUACUCCUCAAGUGGUACCCUGGUAGUCAACAUUCUGGGGGUGUCCGGUAGGAGGCGGAGUAACAGGGUUUUGGUGCGGGCUAGCCUACCUCCAGUGUGCCCAGUACCGUGCCAAGUGGCAUCCCGGCGCCGCAGUUUCAGCCCGGAGCUGCAAAGCCAGAACGUGGCUCUCCAAGCGGGCUCCUUGGAGAGGCUACGGGCAUGUACGCUGAAACUAGAGGUCUACAGCCGCGACUUCUCUGGCCUACGGGAGGUGGCGUUGGGCGUGGUGGAGCUGCCCUGCCAGCACCUGGACUGGGAGCCCGACACAACGGCGACUUGCACGAGGGAGCUCAGCCCUGCCAAAAGUAAACUCAAGAAGAGUAUGAGCUCACAGGAUUCGUGGUCACGCAGGAAGAGCUCGCUGUGUGCGCCGAGAUCAUUGGGUCAGAUCUUUGUGCUGCUCCAGUACCAGGUGCCGGCCCGGCGCAUCAAGGUGAUGGUGCGGAAAGCCGACCAGCUGGCCAAGCUCACGCGCAUCCCUGGCGCACCAGUCCACUACAUCAUCGUCAAGUUGCAUCACGACGGAAAAGUGAUCAGCACCAAGGAGACCAAAGCCGCCUGCGGUUCCAGUCCCGUUUGGAACGCCCCUUUCUUAUUCGACUUGCCGCCCGGCGACGUCGCUCAUCUGCCAUUGCUUUUUGAGUUCAUCAUCAUGCAGGGUCGUCUGUACACCAAGAGUAGCAUUUUGGGCCGCGUGCUGAUUGGUGGUCAUGUUUCGGAGGCCGGGAGAGGACACUGGACGGAAAUGUGCAACCGGGCCCCCGGGGAGACCGCUCGUUGGCAUGCCAUCCAAUCAGACGUGUACUAGAAGUGAUUGAUAGAGAAUUUGAUUUGUUGAUUUCAUUGUAACGUGUUGGAGACGAAUGUUUAUUCCCAAUCAUUGAAGCGCAAAAAGCAAUAGCCCUGCUCAAGCGGUACAACCUGAAGCUUGUUUGUUAGCUUAGCUCGCUAACGUGCUCUUGUUUUCUUUUGUACGCUUGUAACUAUUGUCUUAAAUUCUGUGUGACACCAUUAGUGACGUUUUAUUAUAGUUAGGGUUGUAUUUUCAAGAGCUAAUUAUGCUAAGACAUGCAUUCAGUUUUGCCUUAGUGAGUCAAAGUGACGCCUUAAAAUCUGUUAUUUUUGCGCUACACAAGCACAUUAGCCAACAAGCUACAAUUUUCAACAAAACUGAAAAUCAACACUUCUGUUAAAAUGAUCUUCUCUUUAUUAUUUGUGUGAUGUUGGCAAUUCACAUUGUUGACUUUGUUUAAAAAUAGAGCGCAAACUAUGACGUAAUCUCCAUCCUGGGGCAGUGUGAUGUCAUAACACAUGAGCCAGCAUGUGACAUGGUGACAUUUACACAGUGUGUAAUAUGCCGUGUUAUUUAAAUCGAGCGUAAUGUGAAACACUUCAUUAGUUGGGACAUUCAAGUCAGCCCUGCUGUCACUGUAUUGAUAGACUUUAAGUUAAAAUGGGGAACAUGUGUGUGUUUUAUUUUUGGUGUGAGGAAAUUCUGCAGAAUUGUGAUAUGAUCAUUCAAAUGAUCAGAAAAAUAAAUAAAUAAAAGAGACUAUUAAUUUG